UGCAGUAAGCCAUCUGCCGAUUCUCGGCAACAUUAAUAAACUAAGAGAUCAACAAAAUUCUUCAGUUCUGAAGCUGUGUUCAAAGAGAAAUGUUUAUCAUGUAUUUCAAGAAUCAASGCUUGUUUUUGUACUUCUGGGCUGUUCUAUGGACUAAAUGUCASUACUCAAUUUCAAAUGUCAAUGCAAGUAGCAAUGAUGCUAACAGCACAAGUACUGACUGGAAUACUCCCUGCAACACUACUCAAUUCAAAAACUGCUCCUUAAAAGAAAACUCAACAACUUCUAGUCAAAACAAAGCAGUGGUCAAUGCUUCUACCUAUCUAAUGGUACAUUUAACGUCUUUCAUUGAUCAUCUCACGUCGUCAGAAAGAUGUGAAUACGUACAGAGGAUUAAAAGAAAUGAAUACACAGUGUACAACCAUUCAGCAGUUUUAGUACAAGCUUUGGACAAAGUUAUUACCUCAGAUUUUUAUAUUGUUAUUGGCGAUGGUAUCUCAGCCAAUCAGAGUCAAGGAAUACUUUUAUGCUGGAAAUAUCAUUUUCCUGCUUCGGAUGACCCGUGUGUCGAAAACAGACCAAUGAAGAAWUUGGUAAAUGUGUCAGACCUGCCACUAAAUCAGUCAAACGUGUUAGCUGCGCAAACUAAGAAGAAAGUUCACAGAAAAAGAAGAUCUGAAAUUAUAAGUGACAUCUGUGCGCCAGUAAACAAAGUCACAAGCUUUAAAGGGAAAAAAGACGUGUCUCAGAAGGACAACUUGAUCCUAACCGUACUGACCUUUACCUUCAUGUUGCUGUCCGUGGUAGCCUUGGURAUAGUCCUUGUUACCUAUUCCCUGUUCUCCGAGCUGCGAACGCCUCCAGGCAUCAACCUCAUGAACCUUAGUGCUUCAAUCCUUUUGUCACAGCUGUUAUGGAUUACUGGAAGCAAACGAACUGAGAAUCAACUGGCUUGUACUGCCAUAGCUGUACUACUUCACUACUUCUUCCUGGCUUCGUUCGUGUGGACGUCAAUCAUUGCUUUUGACACCUGGAAAACAUUCUGUGGAAAAAGACGAUUGCGAAAGUCAAAGAUGACUCCCAUUCGAUAUAUGGCAGCUGGGUGGCUUUCUGUCAUGGUGUACGUGUCGAUCUGUGUCAGCCUUGAAAAAUCAGAAGUUGUUUUCAUAGGAUACGGGUCACGUGUUGUGUGCUGGAUUUCCAACAGCUACUCCAGCUUGUACUUCUUCGGCAUUCCUGCAGGUCUUGUGAUAGUGUUCAACACCGUGCUGUUUUCAUUGACAGUCAAAGGUAUCAGAAACACGCGCAAGCAAACCAGACCAGCAACGGUGUCAAACCAAACAGAGAGCAGCCUUCAUUUGUCCACCUAUGUACGCAUAGCCUCUCUGAUGGGCUUCACAUGGGUCUUUGGUUUCGCGGACUCGUUUACGGGCUUGGUGUACCUGUCUUAUGUCUUUGUUGUCCUACACAGCCUUCAAGGUGUCUACAUAGCAGCUGCCUUUGUCUUUACCAGACGAACAAGGAAGUUAUACAUGAAUAUUUUCCAAAAAAAACGAAGAGGAAGGCAAAGUAGUGGAGCUACCCGUACUUCACAGGCUGAUUAAGUACUUGUGUUGAUGUAACAAUUCAUUGCGACUGAAAAAUUUAGUUACUGAGCAAACACCCUAACAUGGGAUCUCUUCUUCUCUUCAUACACUUAUCAGAUAUUUAAACUUUAUUUUGUAAUGAAGAGAAAAGAUAAAAAUAGUAAUGCAAUAAACUGUCUGCUAAUGUAUUUAAAAAGUUGCUUGACAAAGRUUAGCAAUUGCUAAAUAUGUUUUUAAUGCCUGAAAACAAUUCUGAAAGUUUAUAUAUAAAAAGUUGUAUAAAUUGUACAAUUAAUCGAUGACUAUUUUAACGUUUCAGACGCUCUCACAUAUCAACAUUGACUUAUUCUUCGUUUUCAGGUUACGUCAAAGCAGCGGCCAUCU